CCUAUGACCGUGAACGUACCAUUACGAUCCAGAUUCUCCAUCUUCCUCCAACAAGGCAAAGGACCAAACCUGCGUCUUGCACCCACUGGACACUUUUCCCGCUGACUUACACUCCACAAGGCUUAAAGGACCGCAAUCAUGACGGAUUCCAAAUAUUUCACGACGAACAAAAAAGGGGAGAUCUUUGAACUGAAGGCAGAGCUGAACAAUGAGAAGAAGGAGAAGAGAAAAGAGGCAGUGAAGAAGGUCAUCGCUGCCAUGACUGUUGGCAAGGAUGUCAGCUCUUUGUUCCCAGAUGUGGUGAACUGCAUGCAGACCGACAACCUGGAGCUGAAGAAGCUGGUCUAUCUCUAUUUGAUGAACUACGCCAAGAGCCAGCCGGACAUGGCCAUCAUGGCCGUCAACAGCUUUGUCAAGGACUGUGAAGACCCCAACCCUCUGAUCCGAGCUCUGGCCGUCCGCACCAUGGGCUGCAUCCGGGUAGACAAGAUCACUGAGUAUCUGUGUGAGCCGCUCAGGAAGUGCCUGAAGGAUGAGGAUCCAUACGUGAGGAAGACGGCAGCUGUUUGUGUGGCUAAACUUCACGACAUUAACGCCCAGAUGGUAGAAGACCAGGGCUUCCUGGACUCUCUGAGAGAUCUCAUCGCUGACUCAAAUCCCAUGGUUGUGGCCAAUGCAGUCGCCGCCCUGUCUGAGAUCAGUGAGUCUCACCCCAACAGCAACCUGCUGGAUCUCAAUCCCCAGAACAUCAACAAGCUGCUGACGGCUCUCAACGAGUGCACAGAGUGGGGACAGAUCUUCAUCCUGGACUGCUUGUCUAACUACAAUCCCAAGGAUGAGCGUGAGGCCCAGAGCAUCUGUGAGCGUGUCACUCCCCGGCUGUCUCACGCCAACUCGGCCGUGGUGCUGUCGGCUGUGAAGGUGCUGAUGAAGUUCUUAGAGCUGCUGCCCAAGGACUCCGACUACUACAACACCCUGCUUAAGAAGUUAUCCCCACCGCUGGUCACCUUGCUCUCCGGAGAGCCUGAGGUCCAGUAUGUGGCUCUGAGGAACAUCAACCUCAUCGUCCAGAAGAGGCCGGAGAUCCUGAAGCAGGAGAUCAAGGUGUUCUUCGUCAAGUACAACGACCCGAUCUAUGUGAAACUGGAGAAACUGGACAUCAUGAUUCGCUUGGCCUCUCAAGCCAACAUUGCUCAGGUGCUGGCUGAACUGAAGGAAUAUGCAACAGAGGUGGACGUUGACUUUGUGCGCAAGGCUGUGCGAGCUAUCGGACGCUGUGCCAUCAAAGUGGAGCAAUCAGCCGAGCGCUGUGUCAGCACCCUGCUGGACCUGAUCCAGACCAAGGUCAACUAUGUUGUUCAGGAGGCGAUUGUGGUCAUCAGGGACAUCUUCCGCAAAUAUCCCAACAAGUAUGAGAGCAUCAUUGCCACAUUGUGUGAGAAUCUGGACUCCCUCGAUGAGCCGGAUGCUCGUGCUGCCAUGAUUUGGAUUGUUGGAGAGUACGCUGAGAGGAUCGACAACGCUGACGAGCUGCUGGAGAGCUUCCUCGAGGGCUUCCAUGAUGAGAGCACUCAGGUCCAGCUCACUCUGCUGACCGCCAUUGUCAAGCUGUUCCUUAAGAAGCCGUCAGAGACUCAGGAGCUGGUGCAGCAGGUUCUCAGCCUGGCCACUCAGGACUCUGACAACCCUGACCUGCGUGAUAGAGGCUACAUCUACUGGCGUCUGCUGUCCACCGACCCCGUGACUGCCAAGGAGGUGGUGCUGUCAGAGAAGCCCCUGAUCUCAGAGGAGACAGACCUGAUCGAGCCCACCCUACUGGACGAGCUCAUCUGCCAUAUCGGCUCCCUGGCCUCCGUCUAUCACAAACCUCCCAGCGCUUUUGUUGAGGGCAGCCACGGAAUCCACCGGAAGCACCUUCCUGUGCAGCACAGCAGCAUCGAUACUGGGGAGAGCCCAGUGAGCGGCGGGCCAGCAGCUGCCAUCGAUCAGCCACAUGUGAUCCCCAGCCAGGGUGACCUGCUGGGUGACCUGCUGAACCUGGACCUGGGCCCACCAGUCAAUGUGCCCCAGGUCUCCUCCAUGCAAAUGGGUGCAGUUGACCUUCUGGGAGGGGGCCUGGACAGCUUGCUGGGGGGAGACCUGGGCGGAGGUGUUGGGGGAAGUCCAGCAGUGGGACAGAACUUCAUCCCCUCAUCUGUCCCCAGUACUUUUGCUCCUUCACCCACACCUGCUCCUCCGGCCGUCAGCAGCGGCCUCAACGACCUGUUUGAGCUCUCCACAGGCAUGGCCAUCACCGGUGGAGGCUUCAUCACCCCGAAGGCAGUGUGGCUGCCUGCAGUUAAAGCCAAAGGACUGGAGAUUUCCGGAACCUUCUCUCGCCGCCAAGGCCACAUGUACAUGGACAUGACCUUCACCAACAAGGCCCUGCAGCACAUGACCGACUUCGCUGUCCAGUUCAACAAGAACAGUUUUGGUAUGAUUCCUACCAGUCCUCUGCCCAUUCACACUCCACUGAUGCCCAGCCAGACGAUCGACGUCUCUUUGCCGAUCAACACCAUUGGGCCAGUCAUGAAGAUGGACCCACUUAAUAAUCUGCAGGUGGCUGUAAAGAACAGUAUCGAUGUCUUCUACUUCAGCGUACUCAUCCCUCUCAAUAUAUUCUUUGUUGAGGAUGGAAAAAUGGAGCGACAGGUGUUCUUGGCUACCUGGAAAGACAUUCCCAAUGAGAAUGAGCUACAGUACCAGAUAAAGGAUUGUCACCUAAACGCAGACACAGUAUCAGGGAAGCUGCAGAAUAACAACAUCUACACCAUCGCCAAGAGAAACGUAGAAGGUCAGGACAUGCUCUACCAGUCACUCAAGCUGACCAAUGGCAUCUGGAUCUUGGCUGAACUCCGCAUUCAACCUGGCAACCCCAACUACACGCUGUCUCUGAAGUGUCGGGCCCCUGAGGUUUCUCAGUACGUCUACCAGACGUACGACUCCGUGCUGAAGAACUUGCCUGCUGUUUAACUCAACAUCUCUGCUUCGUCCUGACGUCAGAUAGCAGUGUUUUAUUGUUUUCAGCCACCUGCAGCCAACUACUAAAACAAAGGAAUCCAAACAGUAAAGCUAGAUAUGUAUAAAAAAAAAGAAAGAUGAAAAUGUAGGGGCCUUUUUUCGUCUGAUCAUCUAUCUUGUUGAAGUUUCCUUUCUUUUGGCAGUUUAACGCGUUAAUGAAUCCCUUUAUUCUACUUCCAUUUCAAUUUUACUACCGGUGAAACGACCAUUCCAUCCUUAACUUGGUGUCUUAAUGUUGUAAAGAUGUGAUGACGUGGAAUAAGUCACAGUUUCCAUGAAGCCAUUGUGUCCUUUGUACUGUGUGCUGCUCUCUCUCUUCGCUUGGCUUUGAUUUAUUUCUUUCUUUUUUUUUUAACUCCCUUUCCUUUAGCUGACCAAACCGAAUAAUAACACAAGUAUCGAUUAAUUCCUUUUGCUGUAAUUGGGCGUGAAGUUUCAAAACCGUCAGUCGAUGUUCAGAAGAAGUGUGUCCUGAGCUUAUCAUUUCCAUUAGGCACCCUUCAUUGACAAACAUACACAGACAUUCCUGCCUUUAACCAGGCUCCUUCUAUUUCAUAGGAUUGCAUACAGAAAUGUUGUUUUUCUCGAGUAUAAAACACAGUAAAGUAGUUUAAAAACAAGCAGGAAAUAAAGAGAGGAGAUAAUAGAAGUUAGAGCACUAGAACAUUUAAUGUAACUCCUCAAACCUGGCAAGUCAUUGCUGUUUCCCCACCGGUGAAUUAGUUCUACACUGCAGGUAAAGAACAAAGACGCAGCUCUUUAUUGCUUCACAGUUUUCUUGCCCUUACUUUCAUCUUGAACGUUUGAAUUACCGUGGAACCACUAUUCAUACUACAGCAGCUUCAUUUGUUCACACACCAGUGCCACUCCUUUUAAAUGAAUUGCACACUUACUUCACAAGUGAUUCUACUUCUCUCACAGAUCAGUUCAGUAAAACAAACAUCGAAGCACACCGCUUUACACAUCCUACAUUGUCAUUCCUAUUUAUUUUGCAUCUACCUCUUGUGUGUUUCCUUUGACCCGGCUUUAAAUCUGUAAUGUGAUUUAAAUGUUUUCACCUCUUCUUCUUAAUGCCACUGUAUUUUUUUUCUGAUUUUCAUUCCAUCUUUUUCAACCUGUGGCUAGUCAGCCAACCAGUAUCAGGACCGAGCACACAUGCAAAUGAAAUGCCAAGCGUAUCUUGUAGUGCCCCAUGUGUCAGUAUAACCUCUAAUGUUGGCGUUGUUUUGUUCUCUAGGACAAUAGAGUGUCUCCGCCCUAAGGCCCAGAGUUGCUUAAGUACAGUACAGAGAAGUGAUCGUGUCAUUUGUGUAGCUAAUUCAAAUGUUUUGGUAUUCUCUUGAGAAUGAAAUGCCUUGUCUCUAUCUAUUCAACAGAGAAGGCUUAUCAAUGUAUCAUAAUGGUGUGUUGGUGACACUAUUUUCCCAUGUGAAGUAUGAAAAAAAAACAACGACGUAUGUGUGCUUGCAUGAGCCCACUGUUCAUUUUAACCCUUCAUUUAUAAACUAACUGCCCAACUUUAUGUUCUAUCGUAGAUGCCAUAUGGUUUUAGAGAAGCAAGCACUCCCACAAAUGGAAUUAUAUCCAAAUCUGUUGGCAGCAAUACAGAACGAAUGGAGACGGCUGUAAUAGCAUUAAGUGAAAUUUGAAUAUGUUAAGCAUCAUUGCUGUAACCCUGUUGUUAAUGAUUUGUCAUUGUCACAGUACCACAUCUUGUGUCAAUAAAAUGUCAAAUAUAA